AUGGAGGACGACGACCCGUUCGAUUUCAAAAUCGGCGUGGAGAAAAACGCGCUGAAUUCAGGGAAAAAAACCACUACCGAGGCGAUGAUGAAAUCGAUGAUGAUGAAACCGUCGUCGACCACGUUGGAAUCGUCGUCGUUUACGUCGUUUGGAGAAGAGGAGAAGAAAACGAUGACGAUGAACGACGGAGUAAAGGGCAUCCCCGAAUCGAAAGCCCCGUCGUCCACAAAAACGGAUGAGGAUCAAAAGAAGAAGAAGAACGAUGAUGAUGAUGAUGCGAAAGUAAACGCAACCAUCGAGUCUUUCAGCACGGAAACGAAAGUCAUCUUGACAACUUUAGGCAAAAUUCUCGAACGCUUGGAGGCGUUAGAGUUAGUUGCGUUGAGAAAUGCGAAGGAAGUCGCGCGGGUGGAAAACGCUCUGCACGGAUUCAUCGUCGGACAAGCGAGGAAAGAAAACGGGAAAGAACCGAUAACGAGCGCGAAUUUGUUCGCGGUAGUUGAUUCGUCAGAAGAGGAGGAAGAAGAGGAAGAAGAAGAAGAGAAGAUUGAAGAGGAGAUUAAAGAGAAUAUCGUUCUCAGAGCAGGGAGCGGGCGAAGUAGAAGACCGCCGACGCCUGAAGGCGCGCAUCAUCCUCCGCAUUAUCCUCCGCAUAAUCCCCCUCCGCACCAUCCUCCUCCUCCUCACGCGCAUCAUCAGCACCACCAGGAUCCUUACGGUCCGCCGUCAUUCGCGAGAGGAGGAAGAGGCGGUCCUCCGCAUCCGCAUCCUCCUCCUCCUCCGCACGAGAGAAGCGGGUCUCCCUCGGGGGAGUCCGCCGCCCAUUACCCGGGCAUCGACCAUCAUCUUCAUCCUCAUCCUCAUCGGUCGCCUCCGCCGCCGCAUCACGGCGGUCCUUCAUCGCCACCUCCACACCACGGCCAUCCACCUCCGCCUUCACACGUGCAGCACGAUCCGUACGGAACGUAUCACCCAUCUCCUCCUCCUCCUCCCCAAGUUCUCGCGAGCUCGUAUCCAUCUCCUCCUCCUCCGUCGCCGCCUCAAGUCCAAAACGAAGACAUCCCUUUGGACGUCAUAGUCGGCGAAUUCGCGUCCAUGGGAUUCACGCGCGACGAAGUCAUGACAGUGCUUGGAAAAAUGGAAGCUAGGAACGAGCAGAAGGAAAUGAAUUCGAUUCUAGACAAACUCAUGGCGGGCGAAGGCAAAUUGUAA